UGCCGACUGCAGUUCAUAUUCAGGUUCAUAUUCUCCUAAAUUACAUUCCUGGUGUUUUUGUGUCGACGAGUGGUUUUGCCUCGGCACAUAUUAGGUUACCUGUUGUUGGCUGUCCACAUGUCCGUCUCUGACAGUGAUUGCGUAACAAUAUCGACGGCCUUUGAGAAUAAUUAAUUAAGCUAUCGACGCAUCGAGUUAUUUCUCACGUUUUUGCAAUGGCUCACGCUGCAUUUGAAACCCGUCAGUGGAAAAGUUUGCUCCAAUCUCUGAAUGGAAUCCUAGUUCAUUAUGGAGCGUUCAGGAACACAAUGUGCACGUAACAUGUCGGGGCUGAUUUCCAAUAUACUGUUUGCUUGGAUCGUUGCGCAUUUGAAAGAGCUGGAAAAUAAAAUUGUGAUGAAAACUCCGGAGAGCCUGUUGAGGUGGAUGCAGGGGGAUGCUUCGCUCGGUGCUGAGUGGAGUUCUAAUCGUCCGGAGGUGAGAGACAACCGCACCAGCGACAGUCUGACCGACAAGAUCAGAAACUUGAAACUGGAGAUGGGCUGUCUGCGUGCUACAGACGUGCGGAUCCUGCACCAGCUGGUGACGGUGCAUGAGGCUAUGGAGGCUGUGCGCUGGCUGCUUGAGGAGCGUGGCACUCUGGUCAGCAGCCUGACAAGCAGCCAGUGUAGCCUGGCUGAGGGGCCUGGGUCUGGCUUGUCCCCUUGCAGGGAGGGCCUGAGUCUGGCCCUAACUAGCUGGCAGAGUCCUCUAAAUGAUGCCAAUGAAGAACCAAAAGAGUUGAAAUUACCAGAUAGCAUCUCUGGGGACAGCUACUUCCAUAUGCUCACAAAUGCCGUUUCUUGUAAUGACACAGGGUUGACACUAGAGGGCGUUGUUAGCCCUCCUGAGAGAACAGGAGAAACUGGGACACCGCACUGUGGUCUCCCAGAGGAGAGACAAGGGGCCUCGGAGGGUGAAAUUGUGGGGGUGGAGGAACAGACCAUUCCCAGUUGUGAGGUUCUGUUGGGGUAUGACACUCAGUGGUGCUGGGUGGAGUCUCAAGACGAUGUAACGUUUCUCUGACGUUAUAAGCACAAUUCAAAAGAUGCUUUAUGACAUGAAACCUUCCCUCUUCGCCUACCAAAAUUAGAUGCAAUGGUGCCAGUUGGACAUGAGGUGCCGUCCUGGACUAGGAGCGACAUUUAAAUUGACAUUAAAGUGUCCAUGGUGGACUGGAUGAAUGCUAGUAGCAUUGUUCUCUAGAGGAGCAAAAUCAAGGCGUACUCAUUUUGAUUUAGCUACUUUGGUUUGUCAGUUGUUGCCCUUUUGCUUUUCAAUGAGUCACCGUUGCCACUUUCAACUAGAUGUAAAUCAGAUCGAUGUCAAUCACAUUCUCACUAUCACAUGUUUUGCUAGAGAAGGCUUAUGUAGAGGGCUCAGCAGAAAAUGCAUUGACGUUAUGACAUAUCAUAAAUGGACGCAGACAUUUGACAUCUAAAAGACCAUUAAGCCGAUCACAACUCCAGUGUGAUACUAUAAUGAACCCUUAUCUUCUGGAUGCAAAUGUGUUACUCAGAAUAUUAUUCUGUUGA